UAAUACUGUAGAAAGAUAUGUCCUGCUUCUCUUGAAUAAUGUGAUGUAGUAGAACAGAAAAGUUUCUAAUGGCAUGGGCGGUUUGGUUAUAGUUCCAUCAGCAGCAAGUUCACCGUCGUAAGUAUACGAGACAUUCUGCUAUUGACUUCUGACUGGUAAAUCUGGUGAAGGAGCAAGGUAAAGUCGUCAUACUGGAUACUGGAGAUCGUUGUUUCUACACCCUCGCAAGAAGAUAAAACAAAUUGUUCAAACAAUGGAAAUUAACAACCUAAACAAUACUGAGGGACACACUGACAGACACGAUGGAAACGAACCUCAGUCAGAUCUUUCACGAAGCGAGGACAGUUAUACCAAAACCGAUGGUUUGGAAAUGCAGUCAGUGGAUCUGGAUUGUGAUAAUGGGAGCCCCACCUCUGUCGUCAGCUGCUACAGAGGCACCACACAAGCGGAGCGUGGACGUAAACACAAGCAAACAGAGGCGCUGGAGGACAAUGGUGCUGCUGCUGCUGCUGAUGGUGCUGAUGAUGAUGGCGAUAACAUUGAAAAUAUGAAAUUGAUAACUACAAACAUAAUUAAUGAGCCAUGUGAAAACAUAGCGGAAGGAGAAGAUGAUGCUUUGCCAAUUGACCGUGGAUGGGCCUGGGUUGUACUCAUAGGAUGUUUUCUGAAUGCUAUGCUCGUGGGUGGAUACGACCGAUCUCUGGCGCUAUUCUUCGUGGAAUACCUGGAGAUGUUUGGUGCAUCUACAACGAAGACAACACUCAUCCUUGGGGUAAAGGCUAUGACCUACAGCCUAAUGUCACUGGUUACUAUGAACGUUCUGCUGGAGUUUCUGGGGACGAGGAAGACAGUCAUGAUGGGCGGGCUCCUCAUAGUGUUAGCUAUUCUCUCAGCAACCUUUGCACCCAACAUCAUGGUCCUCAUAUGUGUUCAUAGUGUUCUUUCAGGAAUGGGUGAUUCCAUGAUACAUUCGCCCGCUAUAGUGCUGAUUGGGAAGUAUUUCAAGAAACGCCGAGGCCUAGCUACAGCAAUUGCAAGUUCAGCGAUGAGUUUAGCAUCCGGUAUAUUCCCAGUAUUUUCUCAAUAUUUGCUUGACAAAUAUGGUAUUCGAGGCACAUUGCUGAUUUACACAGGCCUAAUGAUGAAUAUAUGGGUAGGGGCAUAUCUAUAUCGACCUCUACACUUCUAUAAAAGAAAAGUGAAACAGGGCGAUGCACAUCAGCUACAUAGUAUCAGCAGUGUUGGUGUGGAAGCGAGCGAGGUCUUUAGCGAAGAAGAUGUCAUUGGGACAGGUCAUGGAGCAAAGCAAACAUAUAUCAAUCACAAUGGAAGUACUAGGAGUUGUAACGUUGUUGUAAAGGACACCGCCAAUAGAUUCCUCAAUCCUCAAAACGCAGAUUCGUUUAGGAAGAGGACAUACUCUGAAGGUUCUAAAAGGAUCCCAAAGGAAUUUGUUUCAGAGUCUGAGAAGCUGGUAUAUAUCAGUAACCCAGACCUUGUGAGCAUCCCAAUAUUCAUACCUAAAUUGUGUGAUUCAGCUAAAAAGGAAAUACGUGUAGAUGACAGUAAUCAAAGAAAAUCCGCCGUCAUAAGAAAUUUUGGGAAGGUUAUUAAAGCCUUUGACUUUUCAUUGUUCAAGAAUCCGAUGUUCCUUCUUAUUGUGGCAUGUUGUCAGUUUGGUGUUGUUCAGAGACACGUUCCAACAUACCUCCCGGCACAGAUGAAGGAAAUGGGAUACAACAAAUCUGAUGCAGCAUUUCUGUUGCUCAUCUCCGGAAUUCUUGACUUCUUUAGUCGACUGUUCUAUGGAUUUAUAGCUGAUCUUGGAUAUCUUCGUGCCUGUCAAAUCAUGGCCAUUGGUCUUGUGAUCUCAGGAUUAGCAUCUCAGUUUAUAAUGUUUUACACAACAUAUCCUUUACUUCUAGCUUACUGUGUAGUGAUUGGCAUAUUUGGAAGUGCCUUUCCGUGCCUUUUGCCGUUGGUGAUAGUGGAUUUCAUGGGAGUCGACUAUAUGGCAAAGACUCUUGGAUUUGCAGCAUUAUUCCAAGGAAUUGCAAUUUCAUUAACACAUCCAAUUUUAGGUGCAUUACGUGAUUUGAGCGGAUCCUACCUUCCCUGUUUCCAGUACCUUGGUGCAGCCGCUGUCUUUUCUGCAGCACUGUUACUCUUUGAGCCGCUUGUACGGCGUUAUGUGGCAACAACACGGGAAGGAUCACCAUCAACGGAUAAUGAAUGUAUGGAGCCAUUGAAAAUUGUUCACAUAAUGGAAAUUAACAACCUAAACAAUACCGGGGAACACACUGACAGACAUGAUGGAAACGAACCUCAGUCGGAUCUUUCACGAAGCGAGGACAGUUAUACCAAAACCGAUGGUUUGGAAAUGCAGUCAGUGGAUCUGGAUUGUGAUAAUGGGAGCCCCACCUCUGUCGUCAGCUGCUACAGAGGCAACACACAAGCGGAGCGUGGAAGUAAACACAAGGAAACAGAGGCGAUGGAGGACAAUGGUGGUGCUGCUGAAGCUGCUGCUGAUGAUGAUAGCGAUAACAUUGAAAAUAUGAAAUUGAUAACUACAAACAUAAAUAAUGAGCUAUGUGAAAGCAAAGAGGAAGAAGAAGACAAUAAUUUGCCAAUUGACCGUGGAUGGGCCUGGGUUGUACUCAUGGGUUGCUUCCUCAUCGUGUUUCUAAUGACUGGCUACGAGAAAGGCAUGGCAAUUUUGUUUGUUGAAUAUGUCCAAGUAUUUGACGCACCUGCAUCAAAGGCCACACUCUUCUUCGGGGUUAUAACAGGAACAUACAGCAUUGCGUCUGUGUUUACAAUGCACAUCCUUGUGGGAGUACUUGGCAUCAGGAAGACGGUGCUCCUGGGGGUAACACUGAAUGUUAUUGGAAUGACCACAGCUAUAUUUGCUACAAGUAUUACCUAUCUUAUCUGCACUCACAGUAUUCUGAUGGGUGUGAGCACUGCACUGAUACACUCCCCGUGCCUGGUGAUACUGGGGCAUUACUUCAGGAAGAGACGUGGUUGGGCAACAACUAUGUCAGUAUCUGGAGUCAGCCUUGGAGGAAUGGUCUUCCCUCCCCUUAUUCGAUUCCUCGUGGAUACAUACGCCCUCAGAGGAACCAUGCUUAUUCUCACUGGGAUCAGCAUGAACAUGUGGAUUGGAGCCUUGCUCCUCAGACCAUUGGAGUCCUUCCGAACAACCAAGAAGAAAAGGGAAUCACAGGGAGAUGAGAAAGAAAAGGAACCAGCAGCCAAGGAACAAAUCUGUAUCCGUCUAACUAAACGACUCAAUCUUGACUUCACGCUAUUUAAGAAACCGUUGUUUCAAUUUAUUGUGUGUUUUGGGCCAUGGGCCAUACUUGUUGUCCUUAAUGGAGCUUAUUUGCCUUCUCUAGCUAUGGAAAAAGGAAUAUCCAAAACAGACACUGCAAUGCUGCUUACGAUUUUCAACGCGGUGGAUUUCCUGAGUAGAUUGUGUCUUGGGGCCGUGGUUGAUCGGAAAUAUGUGAAAGUUUACCACCUAAUGGCAAUUGGCUUGUUAAUCACUGGGACUGUGAACCAGUUUACGUGGUUCUACCACACCUUCCUACACCUUUUACUAUUUACAGUGAUCUCAGGACUAUUUGGAAGUUUUCAUCUUUGCUUGAUACCGGUAGCUGUCGUGGAGUUCAUGGGUUUGGAAGAUAUGGGGAAGACUCUUGGAUUUAUGUCCCUGUUCCAUGGUAUAUCUGCAUUCAUCACACACCCGAUUAUAGGUAUUUUGCGAGAUGCAACUGGUUCGUACGAUGCCUGCUUCAACUACACUGGAACAUGUGUAUAUAUAGGAGCUAUUGUUCUCUUGUUCUCUCCCCUAGUUAUUCGAUUUGAUAAGAAAAGAGAAACUAUCAAGAAUCAGAUUGCAUCAGGUUAAUAAGUCAUAUCAAGUCGCUCAUAUUUCCAAGACAAAAUGUGUGGCUUCCUAAAAAGUCAGAUAUAAUUAAUCAGAAAUGUCCAAAUGAACA